GACCCAGAAUAGGAUUGGUUGAGACUUUCCAGGGACGACCGUCCUCUUAGGCUUGGCCUGUGGGAGAAGGGAGGGGGCGCUGCGCACUUCCUGUAGACGCCGGCGGGCGACGGACUCAGCGAGUCCCCGCCUCACCAGGAAACUACUAAAGUUCCUGUGGACGCAAAGUAGAAUUUCAUAAGAACAUAAUGGAUGGAGAAGAGAAAACCUAUGGUGGCUGUGAGGGCCCUGACGCCAUGUAUGUCAAAUUGAUAUCUUCGGAUGGUCAUGAAUUUAUUGUAAAAAGAGAACAUGCGCUAACAUCAGGAACAAUAAAAGCCAUGUUGAGUGGCCCAGGUCAAUUUGCUGAGAACGAAACGAAUGAAGUCAAUUUUAGAGAGAUCCCUUCACAUGUGCUGUCAAAAGUAUGCAUGUAUUUUACCUACAAGGUUCGCUACACUAACAGCUCCACGGAGAUUCCUGAAUUUCCAAUUGCACCUGAAAUUGCACUGGAACUGCUGAUGGCUGCAAACUUCCUAGAUUGUUAAAUAAAAUAAAUUAUAAUAAACUGUUAA